AUGUAUCGACACCACAGUUCUGCUCGUGUUGGAGUCGGCAAGCGUGGCCAUGGAGGUCGAGAGUACCGCCCUCCUCGACCAAGGAAAGAUCCAAAUUCCACUCCACCUCCGCUGAAGGAAUGCUCGUGUCUGUUGCAAAUCGACAUACCCGAGUAUCUCCAGCCAGAACCUACCGGUCGGAGUCAUGUCUCUCUUGGAGGUCGAGAGAAGGUGCAAGAAUUUGAGCGUUUUCUUAGGGCUAAUUGCACGGUACAUUUGGUGAUCCCAGGUCGAAAGCAAGCUGGGCCUGUGGCGAUUGCGGGAAGGAGUCACGAGGAGACGCUCCCUGCGGCAACCUAUUUGCUUUCCAAGUUGAGGUCUCCUUGGACCGAUUUUGUAGAGGGUCGCAUUCAGCUAAAUGUCAAGAAUGCCCAGGCACCGACCAUUACAGGACGAUGGAGAUGCCCACAAAUCGAGUCGUCAGAUGGACCAGACCCACCAAGACCGAUUUGUAUCUUUGAGAGCGAAAAGUGGAAUGUGUUGGCCUGUAUGUGGACGCCAUCUGACCCAACAGCAGAUACGGCAACAGAAGUAGUAGCAGAAACUACUGACAACACGGAACUGAAUCGGGACUCUUCAUUAGCAAGCCAAACAAGCGAACAGAGUGAUGACAAUGACGAUGACUGGACUCCAUUUCUGGAAGUCUUGCGGAUAUGCCUAGACAAUGUGAUUCUCCGAGUGGGAAACUUGCAAGGCCUGUUUACAUUUGUACACGACUUUCCGCCAAUGGCUCUAGUGUGUGGGGAUCCGAGGCACGUGGAAUUGAUUAGCGAAGAGAUUGCAAAUGUGGUCAACCUUGGAAAAGAUAUCUGA